GGUGGACAAUGGGUCGGCUACCUUGUAUAAAUAUUUCGCCAUUUGAGUUUAAUCUCGGGCAUCUCAAAUCAUCGGAACUGCAUCGGAACUGCAUCGGAACUGUCUCGAUAGCAGGCCAUUGAACACUAAACGCUUGCAAUUACGUAGGUGUGCUGUCCUACCAACAUUCAUUCAAGGCUGCUGUGAGGUUGGGUAGAAGAGGAUGGAGCAGAGGGUGUGAGAAACUUGAGUUUGGGGAGUGUGCCAGCGAAGAUCAGAGCAAUGUCGCUGACAGUGAGCACUGCGGGAUCGUUGCAUGUUGUAGCUCGUCGUUUGGGCAUCACUGCGACUCCCUCACAGUCGUUAAGAUCGGCCGCUUUUGUUCCUUCGUUUCUUGGGCGCAGGUUUUUUGCCUUUCCUAGCCAAUUUGCUAGUCAAGGAGGAAGUUGCACCAUUGUCGUGUCUGCUUCCAGUUCUGAGAGAAAUGAGAGAGAUUCCGUAAGCACUAGUGCUACUGCGAAAAUGGGGCAAACAAAAUGCGAGACUCCAUACGGAGCUUGGAAGUCUCCGUUGACAGCAGAAUUUGUGUCAGGGUCAUCGAAGCGCUUGGGAGGGGCUGCCGUUGAUUCUGACGGCCGGUUGGUGUGGCUCGAAGGCCGACCUUCUGAAGCUGGGCGUGGGGUGUUAAUGUGGGAGGGAGCCCAAUCUGGAUCCUUUCCGGAGGAAAUUACUCCACCUGGUUUUAACGUUCGCACCCUAGUGCAUGAGUAUGGCGGAGGGGCCUUUGCAGUUAAAAGGGAUAAUGUAGUUUUCUCCAAUUACGCAGACCAGAGGUUGUAUAAACAGUCGAUUAGGGGUGAUCGCACUCCAUUGCCACUAACUCCAGCGUACGAGAAUAAAGCAGUAAGAUAUGCAGAUGGAAUAUUUGACGGAAGAUUCAAUCGUCUUAUCGUAGUGCGGGAAGAUUAUCGCCAGGAAGGGGUUGAACCCGUCAACGACAUUGCAGCCGUGUCCCUCAAUGGCGAAGCUAAUCUUGAACCAGUGAGUCUUGUGAAAGGCAAGGACUUCUACAUGUUCCCAAGACUGAGUCCAGAUGGUCAGAUGCUUGCUUGGAUGGAAUGGUCUCACCCUAAUAUGCCUUGGGAUCGAACAUCUAUUUGGGUUGGCAAAGUUUCAGAUGACGGGAGCAUAACAAAUCCAGUUUGUGUAGCGGGAGGUGAUGAGGGCGUCGUGGAGUCGGCCUCUGAACCACAAUGGUCACCCAAAGGUGACUUGAUCUUUGUCUCAGAUCGUGGAAACGGAUUUUGGAACCUCUAUUCCUGGAGUGUCGGGGGAAAGGUGCAAUCUCUGUGUCCGAUGGAAGCUGAAUUUACAAGACCAGCCUGGAUUUUUGGUAUCUCCUCAUUUGGUUUUUUUGGCGAUUCUGGAGAUCAGAUUGUAUGCGCUUACAGACAACGAGGUGUUUCUCAUCUAGCUACGUUUGACCUAUCCUCCGGCUCAUUGUCACCUGUCAAGACAAGAUUCACCGACAUCUACAAUCUGUUCGUACAUGGUAAUGAAGUGUAUUUCAGCGCUGGGUCAUCCACCGACACGCUCUCUAUUGUGAAGGUUUGCCUCGCAGAAGGCAAAGCGGGCGCUGGUGAAGACACAGUAUUGUGGUCGUCGCUUGGUAUUGACCUAGAGCCGUACAAGCCUUACUUCAGUACUCCGAGGGUUGUAGAGUUUGCAACUAAAGUAGAAGGAGAGACAGCAUUUGCCAACUUCUACCCUCCUGCAAAUGGAUACUUUGUUGCUCCAUCCAGAGAGCGACCACCUUUACUCGUGAGGAGUCAUGGGGGUCCGACAUUGGAGGCAAGCACAACUCUAGAUCCUGCUAUUCAGUACUGGACAAGCCGAGGUUGGGCUUUCGCUGACGUAAAUUAUGGAGGUAGUACAGGUUAUGGAAGGGCUUAUCGAGAGCGGCUCAAUGGCCAGUGGGGCAUUGUUGAUGUGAACGACUGCUGCAGCUGUGCUGAGCAUUUGGCUAAAAUAGGGGAGGUUGAUCCCAAGCGAUUGUGCAUAGACGGGCGCUCAGCAGGUGGCUAUACCACGAUGGCCACCCUUGUAUUCAAGGAUACCUUCUCUGCUGGAGCCUCCCUCUAUGGGGUAAGUGACUUGAAGUGCUUAAUAUCAGAUACACAUAAGUUCGAAUCUCGUUACCUGGAUAAUCUUCUGGGUCCUGAGGAUGUCCUGGAAAAGAACACAUAUGACCGUUCUCCAAUCCACUUUUUAGAGAAGCUCUCGUGUCCUAUGAUCCUAUUUCAGGGCCUUGAAGAUAAAAUCGUGCCACCAAACCAGGCAAGAAUGAUUUAUGAGGCAGCUAGGAUGAAGGGUGUUCCUAUUGCCCUUGUUGAAUAUGAAGGGGAACAGCAUGGAUUUCGGAAGGCCGAGAACAUUCGUCACUCACUUGAGCAAGAGAUGACAUUCUUUGCUCGUGUAAUUGGAGGAUUUGAAGUUGCCGAUGACAUCGUUCCAAUCAAAAUUGACAAUUUUGACGACUGAUAUGCCAACUCAAUUCUCCUGAUGAGUUAUUUGUUAAGUGUCGGGGUUUUGAAGGGCAUUGUCACAAGUUACUCAUAAACUUGAGUUGGCUUGGUUUUUGAA